AUGAAGUUUUUCACCUAUGUUGUGUUUGUUGUUAUAGUUUUAUUCUCAACAGUUUUGUCUCAAGAAUGUGAAGUUUGUGUCAAAGUAUUAGGAGAUGCUAUGAAAAAAGUUCCAUCUUCAGAUGCAUCGAAUAAAGAAAAAAUUGGUGAUGUUAUACGUAAACAUUGUAAAGGAACAACUGGUAAAGAACAUAAAUUAUGUAACUUUAUUGGAGCUCUUCCUGAAUCCCCAACUUCUAUGAUGAAUGAUGUUGUAACACCAUUGGCAUUCUCGAUGCCAGCAGAUAAGGUGUGUAUCAACAAAUUAAAACCAAAAGACGCUCAAAUUUGUGAAUUGAAAUUGGAUAAACCAAUAGACUGGGCAAAUAUCAAUCUUAAUAAAAUGAAGGUCAGAGAACUUAAGAAUAUCCUUGAAAAAUGGGGUGAACAAUGUAAAGGAUGUACUGAAAAAUCUGAAUAUGUUAAGAAAAUAGAGGAAUUGAAACCAAAAUAUGUUAAGGCUGAACUUUAA